AUGCGUGCAACCGGGGAGAGUACCUCUCACACUACAGCAGCAGGUAUUUCGUCACUUGUUGUUGUGAACAGUCCACGUGGUGGGUCACCACGUGCGACAGAUGAUGCAUCCGACUCGAAGACGACACCUCACGCCUCCGGAUCUCCCGGGGCGGAGAAUGCAAGAGCCAGGUCGACCGGCUCUGGCCAACGUGGCGGCAUCAUACUCGAGAUGUUCGAAUCGAGAGAUUCGUCUGAUGAAUCCAUGACUCGCGCAAGUUUAUCUGACGAUAGUACGCGUGGUGAUGGUGGUGGUGCCCCUAUACAUCACCACGAGCAAAGUAACUCAAAGGAUCGGGAUAACACUGGUGCCAGCGCUCAUGCUGGCACCAAUCAAGAGGCCAGGGACCGAAUUGUCCUGCGCCACGCUCCUCAAGUGGAGUCUCCGUGGAUGCCGUCAGCCAGAGAGUUGGAUCGAGUGGCCGGCAUGACCACCGACCCUGUAUCGAAUCCCGUUAUUCGAUUGCAGGAAGAUUUGCCUACCUGA